GCCGGGGCGAGCGGCGCGGCGGGGCCCGGCGGGAGGGGGAGGGAGCGGGAGCGGGUGACAGCCCGCUCCCGUCCCCACUCCUCCACGCACGCUCCAUCGACGGCUUCGCCGUGGUGACCCGCCGGGGGGAGGCGGAGGAGGAAGAAGAAGAAGAAGAAGAUGCCGGGGAAGCUGAAGGUCAAAAUCGUGGCAGGGCGCCAUUUGCCGGUGAUGGACCGCGCCAGCGACCUGACCGACGCCUUUGUGGAGGUAAAAUUUGGAAAUACAACAUUUAAGACAGAUGUGUAUCCCAAAUCACUUAAUCCUCAGUGGAAUUCUGAGUGGUUCAAAUUUGAAGUAGAUGAUGAAGAGCUACAAGAUGAGCCUCUCCAGAUCACAGUUCUUGAUCAUGAUACCUACAGUGCUAAUGAUGCCAUUGGCAAAGUGUACAUAGAUAUCGAUCCUUUGCUCUAUAGUGAAGCAGCUACAGUUAUUUCAGGAUGGUUUCCAAUUUAUGAUACCAUUCAUGGUAUACGUGGGGAGAUCAAUGUGGUGGUGAAAGUAGAUCUCUUCAAUGAUUUAAACAGAUUUAGGCAGUCAUCCUGUGGAGUCAAGUUUUUUUGCACUACAUCUAUUCCUAAGUGUUACAGAGCAGUAAUAAUUCAUGGAUUUGUGGAAGAACUUGUAGUUAAUGAAGACCCUGAAUACCAGUGGAUAGAUCGAAUUCGUACACCAAGGGCAUCAAAUGAGGCUAGACAAAGACUUAUUUCACUCAUGUCAGGUGAAUUGCAGAGGAAGAUUGGCUUGAAGGUCCUUGAAAUGAGAGGAAAUGCUGUUGUUGGUUAUUUGCAGUGUUUUGAUUUGGAGGGAGAGUCUGGACUAGUAGUGCGAGCCAUAGGAACAGCCUGCACGUUGGAUAAAAUAAGUAACACAUCAGCAUUUUUACCUGCAUGUAACUCCCCAUCCAAAGAAAUGAAGGAGAUUCCCUUCAAUGAAGAUCCCAAUCCCAAUACUCAUUCAUCAGGACCCUCCACCCCUCUGAAAAACCAAACCUAUUCCUUUUCACCUUCCAAGUCCUACAGUCGACAGUCCUCUUCUUCUGACACAGAUUUGAGUUUGACACCCAAAACUGCACCUUCCCCACAGGGACCUAGGAUUUUCCUGUUUCCCAGCUCCCCUACACUCUCUUGUGAUUCCCCACAUCUUAAAAAGUCCUGUCUCCUCCUCUCGGGGUCUAGCCUUAACCCUCUACACUCUAGCCAUGUCAGCCCAGUUGUUCUGAGGAAAAGUGUUUCUUUCACUGAAGAGCUGCUUCUGGCUGCUUCUGGAAUGGGCAGUGGGAGUGCUGGAAAAGAAGGGGGGCCAUUUAAAACUCUUUUAAGACAACAGACUCAGUCAGCUCUGGAACAAAGGGGAGGAUCACCUCGUAGGUUCUGUAGAAUGCGGGAAUUUCCAUUUUUUACCUUGACGACCUUUCCACCAGGCUUUCUCGUCCACGUUGGUGGUGUUGUCAGUGCACGGUCUGUGAAGCUCCUGGAUCGCAUUCACAAUCCUGCCUUUGUCGGAAUUAUGGGUAACACAAGAUCAUACAAACUGCUAGACUGGAAUAGUUUCAAUUCAGAUGAACCAGAGACACGAGAUGCAUGGUGGGCAGAAAUCAGACAAGAAAUAAAAUCCCAUGCCAAGGCAUUGGGUUGUCAUGCUGUAGUGGGCUACAGUGAAUCAACUAGCAUUUGUGAAGAGGUCUGUAUUUUGUCCGCGUCUGGCACAGCAGCUGUACUGAACCCUAGGUUUCUUCAGGAUGGCACCAUGGAAGGCUGUUUGGAACAAAGGUUGUCAUGGCAGCCUGGCUUCUUUUCCAUAGGGUCAGAGAAGGGAGAGGUUGAUUUUUUUCCUCAGAGCCAAGAUAGUUCUUCUCUAUUAGGGAUUGAAGAAACUUCACCACCAGGUUGUGGAUUUUGCCAUAUACCAUAUGAUGAAUUGAACAUGCCGUUCCCUGCUCACCUCACUUAUUGUUACAACUGCAGGAAGCAAAAAGUUCCUGAUGUUCUUUUCACCACAAUUGAUCUUCCUGUAGAGGCAAUAGUUAUUGGGAAGGGAUGUCUUAUUCAAGCCAGGUUAUGCCGUCUGAAGAAGAAAGCUCAAGCUGAAGCAAAUGCGACAUCUAUUAGUAAUCUCUUGCCAUUUAUGGAAUAUGAAGUGCACACUCAGCUGAUGAAUAAACUUAAGCUGAGAGGAAUGAAUGCUCUGUUUGGGCUGAGAAUUCAGAUCACUGUGGGUGAAAAUAUGCUAAUGGGGUUGGCAUCUGCAACAGGUGUGUAUCUAGCAGCUUUGCCAACACCUGGUGGUAUUCAGAUUGCCGGGAAGACUCCAAAUGAUGGCACCUAUGAGCAGCAUAUAUCUCACAUGCAGAAGAAAAUAAAUGAUACGAUAGCAAAAAACAAGGAACUUUAUGAGAUUAAUCCUCCAGAGCUACCUGAAGAAAUCAUCGGGUCUCCCAUUCCAGAGCCAAGACAACGUUCCAGGUUAUUAAGAUCUCAAUCAGAAAGCUCUGAUGAAGUUACAGAGCUAGACCUUUCACAUGGGAAAAAGGAUGCUUUUGUCUUGGAGAUUGAUGAUACAGAUGCAAUGGAAGAUGUACAUUCUUUACUGACAGAUGUUCCACCACCUUCUGGUUUUUACAGUUGCAACACAGAAAUUAUGCCUGGUAUAAAUAACUGGACACCAGAAAUUCAAAUGUUCACAGCAGUAAGAGUAUCCAGAUUAAGCAACAUUAACCUAACAAAUCAAACACUUAAUAAGAACUUUAAUGAUCUCUGUGAGAAUCUGUUGAAGAGCUUGUAUUUUAAACUACGAUCUAUGGUUCCCUGCUGCCUUUGUCAUGUAAAUUUUACAGUUGCUCUACCAGAGGAUGAAUUAGUUCAGAUUGCAGUCACAGCUGUUGCAAUUACAUUUGACAAAAACCAAGCAUUACAAGCCAACAAAGCCCCUACAGAAAGAUCACAGCAAAGAGCAUCUACAGACAAUGAAGAACAGCUACAAUUUCCACUGGAACUUUGCUCUGAUCCUCUUGCUUCUCAACCAUUCUCACCAGCUAAAGAAGUCCUGGAAGGUGCAAGCUCCCACACAGGUAUUCCUGCUGCUCAGAGAGCAACGUCAAUUGAUUACAGUUCCUUUGCAGACAGAUGCAACAGCUGGAUAGAGCUCAUUAAACUGAAAGCUCAGACCAUAAGGCGCGGAUCAAUUAAGACAACUGCUUCACUUGAUAAAGCAAGUCCAUUGGCUGAGGGAUACUUACGGCACCGUUCUGUUCCAUCAUGCACCAAUUCUACCGUCUCAGUUGUUAAGAUGACACCUCUUUCUUUUCUACCUGGGGCAAAAAUAACCAAAUAUCUUGGGAUAAUCAACAUGUUUUUUAUACGAGAAACCACUUCCUUGCGUGAGGAGGGUGGUGUCAGUGGUUUUCUUCAUGCUUUUAUUGCUGAAGUGUUUGCAAUGGUGAGAGCUCAUGUUGCGGCUUUAGGGGGGAAUGCAGUUGUCUCAUACAUAAUGAAGCAGUGUGUUUUCAUGGAGAAUCCAAACAAAAAUCAGGCUCAGUGUUUAAUAAAUGUCAGUGGUGAUGCAGUCAUCUUUGUACGUGAAUCUGAGUUAGAAAUGUUACCAGUGCAACCUUCUACAGUUGUUUCUCAGUCUACAAGUUCUGGAGGAGAUGUCACAACAUGAAGACAGAAAAAGUGAAGUAGUCUCUGCCAAAUAUAAAAAUUAUUUAAAAUGUGGGAAUGUUUAGGUUUGCAUCUUCAAAAUCGGUAUCUCCCCAUAGCAUUAAGAGCCAAAAUUCAAGACAAUCACUCCACUUUGUCCUUUGUGUAAUAGUCAGAGCAGCAUAUUGAUAGAUAUGCUUUGAUUCUUUUGUUAUAAUUACAGGCUGCUGUGAAACCUAGGCAGUAAGUGAAGCACUGAUACGAGAGUAUGGAUUAAAAUCGUAGGCAUCACGUGGAACUGAAAGUAAACAAAAAUUCUGUUGCAUUUUUUAGCUGUUCAACAGGACCAUGAUAAGUUGUAAUUCAGAACCAUUUCUGAGUUUGCAUAUCAUAGUAGCUGAUUCUCAGCUCAGUUUAAAAAACUGAGAGGUCUGGGUGGGUGAGUGGGAGAUAAGGAGAUAACUGAGAAGCCUGUAUUAACAACCUUUGCCAAAGGAGCAAGAGAUUUGUGCAUGGGCUAAGAAAUGUGGGCUGAACUCUGAACUUACCAGAGAUCAUAGAGAGUGAAGAGGAAGAAAUAGCACCAAAAAGUCACAGUUUGAAUUUCUGCACACUAAAAAUAUUUUUCAACUGUUUGUGAAUUGCUGAUUUAUUUUUUUUAAAUUUUUACUAUACAGCAUAUGUUUUGGGUGGGUGUUUCAGGGGUUUUUUGUUGUUUAUUUUUGUUUUUAAAAAGGUGCCAGACCAUGAUGCUGUGUUCCUAGUCAUCCUUACGGUUAAAAAAAGAAAAAAAAAAAAAAGAACAAAAAGUUUCAAAGUGUGUUUGGUGCUAUUGUAAGAUGUUCACUUCAAUAUUGACAAAACAGAUCUCUUUUUUUUUAAUACAAGAUUCUGUGAAAGAAUUGUCCUGAGGCUUUUCUUCAGGUAUGAUCUCUUGCAAGGAUGACGUAAACAGUCCUCCAAAGGUCAGUUAUACAGAGGUAUACUCCAGCCUCUUUUCCAUUUAACAAGUUGGAAAUACCUGUCUAAUUGAAGAUUGACGUAUGUUUGUAAUGCUGGUUUUCACAAGUUGGUUUUGGUUUGUUUUUUAGUUUUUUGUUUUUUGUUUUUUGUUUUUUUUUCCCCCAGUACACUAGCUGGGAAAUUAAGGUACUGCAAAAAAAGGAAAUUUGUAAUUUCUGGUAAAGGUCUGAAAUGUGGUGAUAUUUUAAUGUAAAAAAUGCAAACUUUGAUUUGAAGAUGCAUUCUUACUUAAUUCUGACAAUACCAUACAUGGAACUUGAACAAACAUGUAAACUUGAAUGUAAAUAUUCUGCUUAGUGUUGAUAUUAAGCAAUGGCAUGAUUAUUUGUUAAAAAUAGUUAUUUCAUUGUAAAUGAGCAUGAAAAUCAUUCUUGCACAAUAAAUUUCUUUAUAAUAUUCAUUGCCUCUUUAUAUGUGUAAAAGUUAAAUGUGUACGCUGGAUACAUAUUAAGGAUGUUCCACCCCCAUUCUCCUCAGAGGAACAUUUUUUGUAUAGAACGUUACGACCUGAUUAUUUAAAAUCUGGAGAGUUAAUUAUAUUUAAAGUGUUUGAAUUAGGCACUUACCAGAACACUUUACUCAUACAGUUAAUUGUCAUUUUAAAUUCUCUAGCUGUUGCAACCAAAUCUGCCAUAAAUUAAGUCUCCUGUAAAUAGUUGCAGGUCUCUUGAUUAUUUUGCAAGGCAAAUCUUGUUCCCGUUGAAGCUGAUGGCAGAAUAUUAACAAUUUCAGAAGGUUUUGGAUCUGGCACAAGAAGUUGUUUUCAGUGUAAGUAUUCAGCAUGGAAAUACUCUCUGAAGUGUCACAUUAAAGUAGCUGAUCCUGA